GAAGAAACCAAGGAGAAUGAAGAAUUGAGUGAAGUUGAGGAGAAACCUGAAGAAAAAACUUUGAAUUGCUCUCAAACCAAGCAGAAGGAUAUAAAGAAAAGAAGAGCCAAGAAAUCUUUCACCUGCACUCAGUGCGGAAGAUUCGGUCGGUCAGGAAUCCUAAAAACACACGAGAGGAUCCACACUGGAGAGAAACCGUACACAUGUGAUCAGUGCGGGAAGAGUUUCACACGAAAAGGACACCUUACAGGACAUAUGAGAGUUCAUACUGGAGAGAAACCAUACACUUGUGAACAAUGCGGGAAGAGUUUCACACUAAAAGGACAUCUUACAGAGCAUAUGAGGAUCCACACUGGAGAGAAACUUUAUACAUGUGAUCAGUGCGGGAAAAGUUUCGCACGAAAAGGACACCUUACAGGGCAUAUGAGAGUUCAUACUGGAGAGAAGCCAUACACUUGUGAUCAAUGUGGGAAGAGUUUCACACAAUCAGCACACCUUAAGGAACAUAUGAACAUCCACACUAGAGAGAAACUGUACGCAUGUGAUCAAUGCGACAAAACAUUUUUGAGAGCUUCAGACCUGAGGAAACACCUGAGAGUUCAUACAAAGGAGAAGCCACAUUCAUGUCAUUUGUGUGGAAAGAGAUUUUCAUGUUUAGAAAAUGCAAAAAAACAUCAGAAAAUACAUACUGGUGCGAGAGAUCAUGUGUGCUUUGAGUGUGGGAGGACUUUUUCUACAGCUGAACAUUUAAAACAGCACCAGAGGAUUCACACUGGAGAAAAACCUUAUAAGUGUUCACACUGUGACAAGAGAUUCAGUCAGUCAACAACUCUGAAAAAACACGAGAGGAUCCACACUGGAGAGAAACCGUAUCACUGCAUUGCAUGUGGGAAGCGUUUCAAUUGUUCAUCUGCUUUACACAGUCAUACAAAACGCAAUCACAGUAAGCAGAUCAUCUUCAGAUCCAGCACUUUCAGGUCUGAUGCUGUGUCCUCACCAAAUGAGACACAAUAAUGCAUCAAGUAAUAAAAUAUCAUCUGGAUAAAUCUGUCCUAACCAGACAUUACAAGCGGCAAAACGAAGAAACAUUAUCUAAAGUUUUCACAGUGAAUAAAGUUCAUCUUCAUCUUCAAAACCAGCAGAUUCAACUGUGAGAUUCAGAUCAACUCAAGGAUGGAGUUCCUCUCCAAAGAACAAUGUCAAAAAGGUUUAUUCUUGUAUACCAUUUUGUUUCAUGAUAUAAAUUAUAUCAUUGUGUUUUCUUAUGAGUUUCAUAUCAUGUUCAAUUGUCUUAUAAUGCAUGUAUCACUUGUUCUGUGAGAUUCAGAUCAAGUCAAAAGCCCUAUUCGGAUGGUAAAUGUUUCUCCUGACACCUUGAGAUUGAAAUAACAUGAUAAUAGAUAAUGAACUCAUGAAGCAGUGG